CGGCGGCGCGCGCGGCCCAGCGAGGCGGAGCAGGGCGGACUCGGCGGCGCAGGAUGCUUGCCUAAGAGGUCACUGAGAUUUAAAAGAAAUUUACAAGUGUCAGAUGCAGCGAGAUGAGGUCCAUGGCACUGGAAGGAAAUUCAGCAGAAGAGGACCCCUUCCUGCCCGGCAGAAGCAAGCGUCCAGGGGAGGUUCCCAGCAGGGCUGGGGUGGCCGAGCCCGAGCCAGCUUCGCUUGCGCCCCAGGAGCACUGGACUCCAUCUUCUGAAAACAAAUUUGCCUAUUAAAAGAAAGGGCGCUCCUGGCUGGGAUGCUCGUGGGGCGGGGCCUGCCGGGCGGCGCUGCCCCCCACCUGCACCUGUAGCCCCCCAGCCCUGCCGGCUGGCGCAGGUCACGAUGUUUGCCGCAGGGUCGAAGAGGAAGUGCUGUGAGCCCGAGGAGGGCGCGGAUGGCGCCCUGGCCAGCCUGAGGGCCGUCCCCUCCUACGCGCUGCAGCGACAGCUGCUGCUGGACAUGUCCCUGGUGAAGCUUCAGCUGUGCCACAUGCUGGCGGAGCCCAGGCUCUGCCGCUCGGUGCUCAUUGCCAACACGGUCAGGCAGAUCCAGGAGGAGAUGGCCCAGGACGGGACGUGGCGGCUGCUGCCCCCGCCAAGCGUGGGCCCCGCGCCACUCGACCGCCUCGUGUCCACUGACGUCCUCUGCCGGGCGGCCCCGGGGCCUGGCCCUGAGGGCAGCGGCCUCCCCGGGGACUUGGAGGGCGUGCAGGCCCAAGAGAUGGUCUCUCAGCAUUCCAUGUCCGCACAGGCGUCCAGGGGCCCUCAGAGCGGUGCUUGGGAGGUGGACAGCCCUCGGGACAGCCGAGGGCACUUCCAGAAGUCGCUGGACCACCUCCUGGAGACCCUGGACGGCAGAGCACCUGGCUCCGCAGAAGACCUCUUUGCGGACGUGGACUCGUCCUACCGUGACCUGGACUCGGUGCUGGCCGGCGUGAUGACUGGCACGCGGCCGGCUCCCUGUGACGUGCUGGACGGCCUCGGCCCCCCGGCCUCCGCUGCCCCCAGCGCCAGCUGCAAGCCAGACCUCGGGGAGCUGGAGCACGUCGUGGGGAUCCUGGUGGAGAGCUGAGCGGGGCGCGAGGGGGACGCGGACGCCCUCAGCCUGUCCAGUGUAUUGUCCACAUAAAAGCCACCGAGUGCA